GAGAAGUCAAAUCGAGAGGUACCGCCGGGUCCGAGCCUUCCCCACAGGAGCCAAUGGCAUUCUAGAGGUUCAUUAGCCGAGGGGCCAGGAACCGCUUGUGCACCAUGAGUGGCCCAGAGGUGGAGGAUCACAUCUCCCAGAAAUAUGAGAUCAAAAAGCGACUGGGAAAGGGCGCAUACGGAAUUGUAUGGAAAGCUAUUGAUCGCAAAUCUGGAGAAAUUGUUGCUGUGAAAAAAAUCUUUGAUGCUUUCCGGAAUCGCACGGAUGCUCAGAGAACUUUUCGUGAAAUCAUGUUCCUGCAGGAGUUCGGGGAGCACCCAAACAUCAUCAAGUUGCUAAAUGUCAUUCGAGCUCAGAACGAUAAGGAUAUUUACCUGGUGUUUGAGCACAUGGAGACAGACCUACACGCAGUGAUAAAGAAGGGGAACCUGCUGAGAGACAUCCAUAUGAGAUACAUCCUCUACCAACUGCUCAAGGCAACCAAGUUUAUCCACUCCGGCAAUGUCAUUCAUAGGGACCAAAAGCCCUCUAACAUCCUGCUGGACGGGGACUGCCUGGUGAAACUGUGUGACUUCGGCCUCGCGCGCUCGCUCUAUCAGAUCCAGGAGGAUGCGGGGAACCCGGCACUUACAGAAUAUGUCGCUACUCGUUGGUACAGAGCCCCAGAGAUCCUGCUGGCAUCCCACCGGUACACUAAGGGUGUGGAUAUGUGGAGUGUGGGCUGCAUCCUGGGGGAGAUGUUGCUUGGGAAACCCCUUUUUCCAGGAACGUCUACUAUCAACCAGAUUGAGCGGAUUAUGAGCAUAAUUGAGCCCCCCACUCAUGAAGAUAUUCUGGCUAUAAGGUCGGAGUACGGUGCAUCAGUAAUUGGCAGGAUGGCGGCUAAGCAGAGGGUGCCCCUGGCAGAGCUGUUCCCGGCAAGUUGCCCCAGGGAAGCCCUUGACCUGCUGAGUAAACUUCUAGUCUUCAACCCGGGGAAAAGACUUACAGCAGAGGGGGCUCUGGAACAUCCGUAUGUCAGCAGAUUCCACUCCCCGGCCCGGGAACCUGCAUUGGAUUACGAUGUUAUUCUCCCAGUGGACGAUGACACCCAGUUGUCUGUGGCUGAAUAUCGGAACAAACUGUAUGAGAUGAUUCUUGAGAGGAAAAUGAACAUUCGAAGACAGAAAAGAGAAGCACAAAAAGAAAGCGUAAGCUCUUUGGCCAGUGCUGCAGAAGGCAAACAGGUUGCAGAUACUUCAAAACAUCCAGCAGCCCCAACAGGCACCAACCCUGCACCCCAAGAAAUUUCCUCCACUGUUCCCCAAAGAGCUGCCAUUGCUGCUCCCAACCAACCCCCAGCGCUAAAGGACAGCACCCAACAGAGCCCAAAGGGCAAAGCACCUUCUUCCAACCCCAUAAGCCACAGCACCACCCACGGUAGCUCAGAGGACUGGCGGGCAGCACAGAACAGGAAGGAGGGCCAACAGAACAGCAACCAGCAGGGGGCAGCAGGUUCCACUGCACAGGAGGUCAGGAAGGAGGCGGAGUCACGAAGCAGGACAGCUCCCAUUGGUAGAGCGCGUUCUUUCUCUCACAGCCAACAGGCUCGAGCUGCAGCAACCAACAGCGCCCUGAUGCGUAAGGAUGGCGCCCCCUUGGGUACAGUGAGUGUCGCUGCAGUCAGUGCCAGACUGAACCAGCGCGCCCCCCCGGUACAAGGCCGAGACCAGCGUUCUGCCCCCAGGUUUGGCAGAAAGAUGUUUCAGGGGAAAACAAAUGUGGAAUCCGCGGGGGACCCCAAAGCCACUCUGCACAGUUACACACAGGCCUACGGCACCAUCAGCAAAUCCGCCCUGCACAACCUGCCCCAGGGAAGCGCCUUCAAGGGCAAAUAAUGGGGCAGCACAUACUGCAAAGCUGGACUCACCGAACUGUAUCUCCUCAGAGCAGUGCUUCCUGGGGCCCUAAUCACAAAGAGAAACUCAAUGUAUAAUGUCAGGGGGCCCCUAAUCCUCACCCUUGGCCCACAGGAAUGUCGGGUCAGUACCUUCAGCAGCUCCAGGGUGUUAGUGGGACCCAACCUCUGCGCCUAAGUCUGUAGCCUGUGUCCUCUAUCUGCCCCCCGUCCGCCGGCGAUGCCCCCUGGCUGUUGGCAUAUUGGGCGCAAUUCAGCGAGGAAUAGACUUUGUUCCUGUAAUAUGUGUGCGCUUGGUGGGGCAAAGUGAGCCUCCGAGAGCCCCACACUUACCCCUCACACCCCAGCAUCGAUGUGCUGUUAUAGACUGUGUGGUACAGGUGGCCCCAUGGGGAUAAUGUACAGUGUAAAGGUGGCUCCCUAUUCAUUAAAGGGAAACUAUACCUGCAUAUGGAGUGGCCUUACCAACCUGCAAUACAGAUAUAUCAGUCAAUA